CCGGCGUUAGAGACACAUUGACUGAGCCUCUCCAGCAAUAGCCAUCACCUUGCUAGGGAGCCGAGCCUGCUCCCCUCCCCAUGGCCUGCUAGGGAGAGGGGGGAGAUUCCGCUGAACGGUCCCUGGGCUUGUCUGGCGGCAGCAUCCUCCAGCUCUGGCUGCAUCGGUGUCGUCAAUUCCCUCCUGCUCCGGCUUCUCUCCCUCGCCUGGAUGCAGCCAGCGUUAGCCUGAGGGCGUGGCAGGCUGUAUUCCAGAGGGCUGCAGCCUCCGGCUAGGGCUGGGGGGGCCAAGAGGGGCUUGCAAACAGCCUGGAGGGCUCCUCCACAGCCCCCCUGCAAGCUGGAUGCUAAGGAAGAAGGUCUGUGACGAUGGAAGAAGGGGUCCGUCAUCUAGAGGCCUGACCGGGUGACAGUAGGAAAACCCUCCAAGAGACGGGCAGCUACUAGCUUGAGAUACAGAGCGAGACAAACAUGCUGAAGCCAAGUGGACUUAAAAUCCCCGGCAGGGCGGGGAAACACUCCAGCCCCGUGGGACGGGCUUCGGGGACAGCUGCGGUUGCAGCCACUACUGGCUCAAAGGAAGGCUCACCUUUGCACAAGCAGGGUCCCACCUCCACUGCCAGCACCGAGAAGCCAGGAUCAAAGGUCACUGAGGUGGGCGAUGACUUCCUGGGAGACUUCGUGGUGGGCGAACGUGUCUGGGUGAACGGAGUGAAGCCAGGCGUGAUCCAGUAUCUUGGGGAGACCCAGUUCGCCCCCGGCCAGUGGGCAGGGGUUGUUCUGGAUGACCCGGUGGGUAAGAAUGACGGCUCCGUUGGUGGCGUACGUUACUUUGAGUGCCAGCCGCUGCAGGGGAUUUUUACACGGCCCUCCAAGCUGACCCGCCAGCCCGUGGCGGAGGGCUCGGGCAGCGAUGCCCAUUCUGUGGAGUCCCUGACAACUCAGAACUUGUCGUUGCACUCAGGGACGGCUACGCCGCCUCUCUCCACUCGUGUCAUCCCCCUGAGGGAGAGCGUCCUGAACAACACCAUGAAAACCGGAAAUGAAUCUGGAUCUAACCUGUCAGACAGCGGGUCCGUGAAAAAGGGCGAUAAAGACUUACGGCUUGGAGAUCGUGUGCUGGUUGGCGGGACGAAAACGGGAGUUGUGCGCUAUGUGGGCGAGACAGAUUUUGCCAAAGGAGAAUGGUGUGGAGUGGAACUUGAUGAACCUCUAGGGAAGAAUGAUGGGGCAGUCGCUGGUACAAGGUAUUUUCAGUGCCCCCCCAAAUUUGGCCUCUUCGCUCCCAUUCACAAGGUGAUCCGGAUUGGGUUCCCGUCCACCAGCCCUGCUAAAGCAAAGAAGAGCAAACGGAUGGCCAUGGGAGUGUCAGCCUUAACUCACAGCCCCAGUAGCUCGUCCAUCAGCUCUGUCAGCUCCGUGGCCUCCUCUGUCGGUGGCAGACCCAGCCGGAGCGGAUUGCUGACGGAAACCUCCUCUCGCUAUGCCCGGAAGAUCUCCGGGACUACCGCCCUGCAGGAGGCACUGAAGGAAAAGCAGCAGCACAUUGAGCAGCUGCUGGCAGAGCGAGAUCUGGAGAGAGCGGAGGUUGCCAAGGCCACCAGCCACAUCUGUGAGGUGGAGAAGGAAAUUGCCAUCCUGAAGGCCCAACAUGAGCAGUAUGUCACAGAGGCGGAGGCGAAUCUCCAGCGAGCACGGACCCUGGUAGACGGGGUGCAGAAGGAAAAGUUGGAGCUGCUGAACCAACUGGAAGAGGAGAAAAGGAAAGUGGAGGACUUGCAGUUCCGAGUGGAGGAAGAAUCCAUUACCAAGGGAGAUCUGGAGUUAACUACGGUAGCAGAGAAGUCUAGAAUCCUUCAGCUGGAGGAAGAGUUGAGUGUCAGGCGCUGUGAGGUGGAGGAGCUGAGACAGUGCCUAAGGAACUCUCACCAGGCAGAGACCCCUGAGCACAAUCUUGGUCUGCCGUCAGAGGCGCUUCGCCUGCGAGACCAGCUGCUGUCUGCCAGCAAGGAGCACCAAAAAGAGAGCAGCCAGUUAAAGGAGAAGCAUGAAAAGACCCUGAAGAAGCACCAGCAGGAGAUAGAGAAGCUGAAAGCCGUCAAUGAAAAAUAUUCCCAGGAAAUCGUUGACCUGAAACACAAAGUUCAACAAGCCACCAAUGAGAACAUGGGGCUGAUGGACAAUUGGAAGUCCAAGCUGGACACCUUGGCAUCUGACCAUCAGAAAUCUCUGGAAGACCUCAAAGCCACCCUGAACACAGGCCCUGACACCCAACACAAGGAGAUAGUAGAACUGAAGGCCGUGGUAGAGAGCAUAAAGAUGGAGCACCAACUUGAAUUGGAGAACCUUAAAGCUAAGCACGAUAUCGAGACUGCGGUUCACAUAAAGGAGAAAGAAAGUCUGAAGCUGAAGCUGCAGGAGACCAGUGACGAAGUGGAAGAAAGCAACAACAACUGGAAAACGCAACUGGAAACCAAAACAAACCAGCACCUUAUAGAACUUCAGGACAUGAAGGAGAAGUGCCGAGGUGCUGAACUGAGAGUGCACGAACUGGAGAAGCUACACAGUGAAUAUAAAGAUCAGGCUCAAGCAAUAGCUUUCUUGAAAGAGCAGAUUUCUCUGGCUGAGAAGAAGAUGUUGGACUAUGAGACACUACAGAAAACAGAAGCCCAGAGUAAACAGGAGAUCCAAAGAUUGCAGGAAAAAGUGCUUGUCUUAGAGAACAAACUGCAGUCCAUGGAGGCUCUGCAUCCUUCUCAGCAUGCCAAUGUAUGGGUUUGGGCUCUUCUGUUUAUGUUGUUUUGUCCCUAUUAUUCCUCAUAGGGCUAACCUGAAUUUUGCCCUGUAGUAUAAUUUGCUUGGGCUUCUUGGCUUUAAAGCCAUCUGAUUAUUUUUUUUGGAUCUUUUAUCCAUAUCUUUCAUUGUUUUUUCUGAGCAAUCCUAUCACAUUACUGGGUGGGCCCAUGAUGGGGGAGGAGGAUUAGGCAUUGCCUGCUCUGGGUAAAGGAGCCUGUCGUCUCCCUGCUCAUGGAAGUGAGGGCACUUGUAAGGAGACCAUUCUGCGUGGGGAGUUGGACUAGAAGGUGCUUGCUGGCAGCCAGGAGUAGCUAAUGCGGAGGCGGUUCAUGUGCUUCGCACAGGUGUCGCCAUUACAGAAGGGCUGAACAGUCAGGGUAGAAAGGCAAAGACAGAACCGGUAUGAGAUUAGGAUAUAGCCUGACCUAGGACUUCACCUGAGGUCAUCCUUCAUUCAGUGGAAGUCAAUGGGAGCCAUAAGGGAGGAAGGCUGCUAUGUGGUUAAGCCAGGAAACUGGUAGUUGGGACAUGAUGGGUCUAUCCUGGCUCUGCCACCGACCUGCUGUAUGAAGUUGGGAAAGAGCACUUGAUUUCUGUCUUUCAAUUUCCUCAUCACUGACGGGGGCAUUGAUAAGUCCCUGUCUGGCAGGGUGUUUAUAAGAGAAGGUUAUAAUGGAACAGCUGAUGGGAAUGGUCUCACAAUGGGGGGCGGAGGGGAGAAGGGAAAUCUGCCAAUCAAGGCACUAGUCACACCUGAUGAAAUGCCUGACUUCAAGGUGAUUCAUCCACAUCUUAGUGCUGAUUGGAGGACAGGCAGUAACUAUCAUAACCAUGGAGGGAUCUGUUUCUUCUGAGCUUACUAUAUGUUUCUCUAGCCCACCAGCCUUGUUGUUCUGAUGCCCUGCUGUCUGUCACAUGGUAGGUACCCUUCCAUCUUUAUGAGAUGACAUAAGGACAAAGAGUCGGUCUGUGACUUAUUCACACCACUUGUGCUAGAUGAUAGGAAAAUCACUGCACAGCCUCUGCGUGUUUGGAUCCUCUGCCCGUACUUACACUUUGCGCCAGAAGCUAGAUAAAAAGAAUAUUCAAAGCAAGAGAGAGUUCCUGUCCCAGUGGGAUACAGACAACCAAACGCAAGUCUUGGAAUAUACAUUGUUUGCUUGAGAAUAGGCAUUUGGAAGGGACCCCACUGCUCCAAAUUAAGGCCCCAAUCCUGCAAACAUUUACUAUGUGCUUAAUAUUACUGCCCUGAGUAGUCCCAUCAGUUGCAUGGUAGUAAAGUUCAGCAGCUGCAUGUGUGUUUGUUAGGUUGAAGCUUAAUGCUAGUAAAAUAGCAUGUGUAUUGGGUGUGAAAGGAGGGAAAGAAACAAAAAGAGAAGGAAGAAUCUUAAGCAUUAAUAAUGGUAUUUGAAGGGUUCUCCAACGUACAUCUCUCUCCUAGCUAGGCAUGGAUUCUAAAUACAAAGGAGGCAAUUCCAAAAGGCAUGGCAUGGAAAGCUACAGAGCUAAGGCCCCAGGAUAGCUGCACUCAGGGAAAAUACACAGGGAGUUCUUUAGUAGAAAACCCCAGUGUCAUAGAAAAGAGUUUCUGUCUACGUCCAGUCCUAAGAAGAGUAAAUAAAAAGAGAGAACCGAAGGUCCAAUCCAGAACCCAUUAAAGUCAAUGGGAAGACAGCCAUUGACUUUAUUAGGCAUUCGACUGGGCCUAACGUGUCUUGAAAGAACUAACAGUCAGAGAGAAAGCAAUCAUAUUGACACUCUGAUGCAAAUUAAGGCCAAGAAAAUGCAGCUUGCUGCUGGAAUGAAUGCCUGGACAAAAGCAAGAGACUGUCACUGACAGAGGGUAAAUUCUGUUUUUUUAAAAAUAUCUUGGUUAAGUUAACAUAACAUGAAUUAUUCAAAUAUUUAAAAUAAACAAAUGUAUCUUGUGACUAUACAGACUCCUGCUUUCUCGUGCAUUCAAACAGGUGCUUCGUGGGUUUUGGUAAGUUGCAGUGAGAUGGCUUUUGUCACUGAGAGUCACACCAGAGGCAAGUCUUGCAUCCUCAGAACCUGCUCCUACUUCUGUGAAGUCAGUGACCACAAUCCACUCACUGGGCGAAGCCAAUGGAACUUAAAAGUGCUUAAAGUUAAGCAGUGCUCAGAUGCUUUGCUGUAUCGAGGCCGUGGCUAUAACUAAUCAGUGCAAUUGUCCCUUACGGCCAGGAGUCUAGUGAUGGUAGUUAAGUAGUCAGAGGACAAUAGCGUGCAUACACUAAAAUGGCCCCUAGACAGGUAGAAUGUGGCAUCCCCUGAGGAAAGAGGAAAAAAGCCAAGUGACUGGAUUCCAAUCCACAGUGGCCAAUGCUUUGGGAGAGCAAGCCAUAGGUGUGAUUGGAGCAAAACCAGUAACAUCGCGCCAAGCCGGCCGAGUGCACAGACACCUGCAGCUCAUCUUUGAGCCUUGACUGUUGUUGUUGCCCUUCAUACGGGAGUCGAGCUUUGUUUGGUUUGAUGCCACUGAUGUUCUCCUAGAGCUGCUGUCGUUUUAAAACAGUCUCCGCUCCCUUGCUACGGGUUGCAACAAGAUUUGUCAUGAUGACGUUAAUAUCAGAGCCAUUAGUGCUUCUGUGCCAUGCUGUUCUUUUAUAAACGUGGCCUCCACACAUCCCCCUAUAUAAGUGAAAGGUCCUAGGUGGGUCUACAUUGCUCCAAGGUAAGUGAGUUGUUAGUUGGACUAAAAUUUCCAUUUGAUAAAAAUAAGUCUGAAAGCUUAAAAGCACUGAGACUGCAGUUCGGAAAAGCACUUAAGCAUGUGCUGCAGUAUUACCCGGAACUGUAGCAUGUGUUGAGUCAUGGUAAAUCACAGUAUGUAUUCUGAUGCCAGCUUAGAGAGAAACCAAAAGGCAAGACACACAGAAGGAGUUCAAAAGACUCCUCGGGCCAGCCUUUACUUCAGGGACUUGCAAUUUUGGGGUAUCCAACUUGACAUCCCUUGGAGGAGCCUAAUUUUCAGAAGGUGCUGAGAACCUGUUCUCUGAUAGUCACAGUUCUUUAAGGUGUCUCAUGCUGAGGCCUCAAAAACUGACAUACCCAAAAUCCCUAGUCACUGAUGAAAAUGCUGAAAAUGACUUCUUAUCAGAGAUGGUCCAAACCAAAACUCCAGAUCGCCCCUCCUAUCCCUGAGCUUUGGGGUGUUUGACACCUGGAUCCAGAGUUUGCAGGUUGAGCCCAUUCCUAAUGAUCCCUUUUUGCAUACACUGAACUCCAACAUUGUUGCAUGAAAGUGGAAACUGGGCCCUACUUUGAUCAAUUGUGGAAUUUGGGCCUUCCAUUAAGAUAAUGCCAGCUGUACCCACCUCUGUGCUCAGCUGUCUAAGUGCCUUUUUAAAAAUCACCUCUUUGAUUUCCCUCUGAGAAGGAUAUAAAUCUGAUUGGCAAAAUAUGAAGACCAAAGGACAUUGGUGCCAGUUGUGUUCCUUAUUGUGCCUGCUAGAGUUUUAAAUUCACUGACUUUGCUUUGAUUCUACGGGAGAAUGAUGGGAAAGAGUUAGUGGGCAUUUUGUGUGUGUGUGUGUGUGUGUGU